UGGAGGCCGACUGCGGCGAGCUCCACCUUGUGCCCUUCGGCGACACCUGCACGAGAUUGGGGAAAAAAGAUGAAUACGAGCGCGUGCGAGAAGACGACCGGCCGAAGCGUUCGGCCGGCGUGUAGAUGCCAAACGUUUUCCCUCUUUUUUACAGGGAAAAAAUAUCACACCUUCUUUUUUUUUAACACAAACAUCACACCUUCUGAUCCAAGAGAACAUCAGUAGGAUCGUAAGAGGUCUAACCAAACACACAUUAACGGAGUUAAUUGGAUCUACUCGGCCCAUUCCCAAUUACAGAAAGUGUCGUUUUUGCCCAAGGCCUGCCUACCAACCAGACCAUGGACCCAAUGUGCCCUCUUCCUCAGCACGCUCAUGGACUGGAUCACUGGACCCGCAAGGAGUUUGACUUUACAAAGGGAAGACUCCGAUUCCUCUCCGUCGCCUGACGAGAUGGCCGUGCCGGCGCCGGCCAAGGCGGCGCGCGCGCUCGCAGCCACGGCGGCGGCGCUCGUGCUGCUGUGGUGCGUCCACUUCGGCGGCGGCCUCGCCCUCAGCUCCCCCACCAACAAGGGGCUCAUCUUUAACGUUCAUCCUGUCCUUAUGCUGAUCGGAUUCAUCAUCAUAGGGAGUGAAGUUUUUCUGCAGCCAUAAUGAGCUACAAAACAUUGCCAUGGAGCCAUGUGUCAGGACCCCGACUCAAUGCCACAUCGAUCUAGCAUGUAACACCUCAUAUCACUUUGCGGCCUCACGCUCGGUAUUCCCACGGGUGUCGCCUUACCUUUGCCCGGGACCGUUUGCGCCUUUUGGCACACGUAUAUGACAGUGUCGCUAGCAUCCAUAUGAUAAGGAGCCCGGGCUGACAUGGCUAGUCGUAAACCCAAAGUGGCAC